AGGAAGUGACGCAGUUAAAACAAUAACAUGCGGUGCUUUUUGAAAGGAAUCACUGAACACGUCUCAACAUGUUUUAUUUGAAAGCAGUAAAUAACAAAAAGUCCAGUUGAGUCGUUAUUAGAGCACAUUUACGAUAUUGUGACAACAUUUGGACUAAGGAAGUUAGUCAAGAUUUCUUCAGUGAUGGCAGCGUCUUUACCUCAGAAGCCAGGGAUGGCAGGGAUGCCCCCUCAGCAGCAGCAGCCCCACCUGCCGCCCAGUGCUGCCUCAGCUCCAGGUCAGCCGCCCAUGCCUCCUCAGGGAGCUUUGAGGGAGAUCUCCCCUGUGUUCCUCUGCAGGAUUGGACAAGAGACUGUCCAGGACAUUGUCACUCGUACUAUGGAGAUCUUCCAGAUCACACGAGCUACACAGCUUCCUAAUGGUGUGACCCAGAGCCAGGCGAUGUACACAGACCGCUUUGGGAAGCUCCAGGAGCACCUACGGCAGCUCGCCUUGCUCUUCAGAAAGCUCCGUCUGCUGUACGAGCGUUGUGUGGACUUGACCACUGACCUGCAGGAGGCGCCAGCAGAGCUUGUGCCAUAUGUCGGGGAGGAGCUGCUUUCUGUCAAAGUGGAGCCCUGCAGCUCUGCUGUCAUCCAGGAGAGAAGAGAAGUUCUAGAGAAAGUUCGGCAGAAGAACCAGGAGAUGAAGGUUCUGAUGGAUCAGAUGAGGAACCUGCUGUGGGAUGUCAACGCCAUGCUGACGCUCAGGAAAUAAUGUCACCUCUAAAUCCAUUCUCCUUCAAAGAGAUGGAUUGUUGUAUAGACGUCGGGACUGCUUUAUGGCAGACAUAAGGUGAAAUAAGGGACUUUCUGUUGGACUCUGAAUGUGGGACCUUCUACUUUGGAACACCUCUUUUGUGUGGGCACUUCCUCCCAGAGACUCUUCGUACACUCACAACUCAUUUAAGAACUUCUGGUGUUUAUUCCAUUGAGGUGAUCAAAACACAUUUGUCAGUCUGAAACACUCCACACCUAACAGUUUUUAUUUGUUAAAGGCAGCUGUGUUUUCCUCCUUACAUGUGUACAAUUGCUAUACUGCCAUCCCAUCUUCAUUCAAAAAACUUAUGAAGUCCUGCAUCGAUGAGUUGAAACCUGAAUUGCCUCUGGUUAAAACAACAACAAAAAACCUUCCAAAAUGCUGUAUCAUGGUGUUUUGGCCCCAGGUGCUUACUCGACACCAGACAGGCUUAAAUUCAUUGCAGUUAAUUCCUGCAGAAAGCACAGAAGCUGGUCUGACGGCUGUGUUUACAAUAGAAACAAUUUCCCUUAUUAUGCUCCGUCAGUUGUAAAAACACCGUGGGUUCAGAAUUCAAAUCGGGCCCUUGGCAGCUACGUAUCUCAGGUGCUUUGUACAUAGGUGUGUAUGUGAGUGUGUGGAUGUGUGUAAUGAGAUUAGCUCCCUGAGUGAAAGACAACACACCUGUUUAGCCUGAGGCUGUUUAGACUCUCCUGCCUGUGAAUUUAUUUUUGUAAACUAUGGAACAAAUGGUAGGACUGCUGCAUCAUUUCUUUUUCUAUUAAAUAAACUUUUUAGUACACAAAACGUCCAAA